UCCUCCAUCAUCUGCAGGGAGGGAAACAACACUCACACACACACACCGCCUCCCACACACACACACGCACACUGUGCUGAGAGCUAGCAAGAGGCUUUACACAGCUUCACACGAAACCCAGACAAAGGAACUGUAACCUGCCACAAUGGAGGAAAACAUGGAUGAAUCGCAGAGCCAGAAAGGCUGUAAGGAGUGCUGUGAGCGAUGUGUGGGCAGUCUGCCCUGGGCGUCCCUCAUCGCCACCAUCCUCCUCUACAUGGGCGUGGCCUUGUUCUGUGGGUGUGGCCACGAGGCUCUGAGUGGCACCGUCACCAUCCUGCAGAACUACUUUGAAGUGAUCAGAGCUCCUGGAGACACUGUGGACGUCUUCAUCAUCAUCGACAUCCUGAAGUACAUCAUUUACGGCCUUGCAGCUGGCUUCUUUGUGUUCGGGGUGCUGCUGCUGGUGGAAGGAUUUUUCACCACCGGAGCCAUCAGAGAUCUGUACGGAGAGUUUAAGAUCACCGCCUGCGGACGCUGCCUGACUGCAUUCCUGAUGUGCCUGGCCUACCUCUUCUUCCUGGUGUGGCUCGGAGUGACGGCGUUCACUAGCCUGCCCGUCUUCAUGUACUUCAACGUUUGGUCCAUGUGUCAGAACACCAGCUCUGUGGAGGGAGCCAACCUCUGUCUGGACCUACGUCAGUUUGGAGCAGUAACCAUCUCUGAGGAGAGGAAGGUGUGCACGGGAUCUGAGAAGUUCUUCAAGAUGUGUGAAUCCAACGAGCUGGACCUGACCUUCCACCUGUUUGUGUGUGCGCUGGCGGGAGCAGGAGCUGCUGUCAUCGCCAUGGUCCACUUCCUGAUGGCUCUGGCUGCUAACUGGGGUUAUCUGAAGGAUGCCAGCCGGAUGCAGAAGUACGAGGACAUCAAGUCAAAGGAGGAGCAGGAGCUGCACGACAUCCACUCCACGCGCUCCAAAGAACGCCUCAAUGCCUACACAUAAACACACAGCCACCAGAAACGACACACACUUGCCUGUCAGACACACACACUCACACACAGCGUACACAACACACACACGAUGCAUUCAAAUGUACAAAUACAGACACGAGUAGGCAAAUCUUAGACGAUGGAUAAAUGAUGAAGCACAGAUGGCCUUGUCAUCCUCGUGUCUGCAGCAGAUCGUUGGCUCUGGUCUCCUCACGUUUUAUUGACUUCUGCAGCUCCUGAAGGAGCUCUCGAAGCUUCAGUGAUGCAAAUAUCUAAAUGUACAACCUUCAAAACCUAAAAAUGAGCAGAAAAAUGAGCAAACCUUAUUUUCUUACAGAAGUCUUUGCAAAAACCAGCAAGAAAAACCAAAAACAGUCGACCAGAUCAACCCAAAGAACUGCUUCUGCUGCAGGCUGAACCAACGAUCCACAGCAGACACGCCUACCUGUCCAGGUGUCUGUGACCUCAUCAUUUACCACCCCGCCCUCCCCAACUGCAGCACACACACCUCACUGGAUUUCCACACACACACUGAGACAUGUAGAUGUGACUGAAUGGUCGGUGUUGUUCGGUGGUGUCAUGCUGUGUCGUGUCGUUUCACCACACUUUGAUGACUGGUGUUGCAGAGAAUUAAGGUCCCCCAGGAAAUGUGUGCCUCCCAGGUACAAAUGGGAAGCUUUGCCAACUUUUUCUCCCCUUCCUUCGCCUCCCCAUCCUCUUCCUCUCCCAGUUUGAUCAGCUGUUCCUCGUGGUCUCGUUCAAGGUUCAUUUUUGCAAAUAAAACAAACGUAAACCAGCGAAAUGUUACGAAAAUGAAACUUUAAGACAAAAAGCAGGAUGGCGAGGAACCGAUGAAGCAAACAGCUGAUGAAGCAGGGCUCCCUCCUCAUCCUCCUCCCCCUGAUUGUAUAAACUUGUGAUUUGUCCUCGGAAACAGCACAUCUUAGCAGCACAAAGUCUCCGUCAUAUUUUCAUCAGUCUGUUUGUCCCACGUUUUUGGGGGUUUUUGACACAUUUUUUUAUUAUUUAUGUGUAAUUUUAGCACCGAGGGUAUUUAAACGGGCCGGGGUCGGGUUACGUCACAUGUUCAUGUUCCGAAUCUGCGUUCAGUGGUUCUGCACACACAUACAGACACACACACACACACACACGUACACACAUACACACUAGUCACCCUGAAGGUUUCUGUCUGUUUUCAUGUUUUUUACCAACAAGCCAGAAUGUGACCAAACAUUCUCCGUGAGUUGAGCUGGAAACGUCUCCGGUGGCAGAUGAUGAAGAUGAUGCACGAAGCUUCAUCAGGGAGGAAGGGGUGGGAACAGCGGAUCAUAGCAGAUGUGAUGAGGAAGGCGUGGACGUCCAGCUAAUAAGCUAAGAGUUCAGGACUCAUUUGCUUUUCUUUGGUGUCUUAUGUAACCAUGUCCUCAGGUGCUUCUGAGCUGGAUGCUGUAAUCGAGUUAUUUGGAUCAGCUGUUCAGAAAACAUGAGAUCAGACUGGGAUUUGGGAUCGACGUUCCUAGAUCCAGACGAGGAAUUCUGGAGAUGUUUUUCUGUUAUCAGGGCUGUUGUCUGGCUUUCCGUUGGGUUUGUGAAGGUGAGGAGUCUCUAUCUGCCAGUAGAGAUGACUGAGAGGAAUUUCUAGUGAUGAAGAUGGUGAUUGAGUUUGAUUUGAUGAGACUACCAGCACACACACACACACACACACACACACUCCACCACCGCCAUCACUCUGAGCCAUAAUUCUUUACUUUCCACCGAUGACAUCUCACUAUUUUAUUAUCAACUUUUAAUCUUUAAAACUUUUUAAUGUGAAAUCAUUUAAUUAGAAAAAAAUUAAAUGUGUUUUUUUCUUUUCAUGUGGGCAGUAUGAAGCACUGUACCUGCGUUAACUCUGUACAAAGAUAUACAUAUAUGUGAAACAGUUGAGGUGAGCAGCCGGGAGGACGACUUCCUUUGGGUUACAGAGUCUGAGGAGGCCUGAGCGUCUGCUCCCUGCAGGCAGCUGCAUUUACCGACACGUCCUGCAGCAUCCGGCGGACGCUGCACGGCAGGACAUGUGCUAGAUGACCUGAAGAUACAAACAUAGAUAUGGAAAACCUCGGUUUUUUGCUAUGGAAUUGAUGUAAAUGACAGGAUCUGAUUAAAAUAGCCUUUUCCCCACAUAUUAAUGACCAAGAAGAAGGAAAGUCCUGCAGUUAAAUGUUCAUAAUUGAGAUGAGCCAUGUUUAAAAGUCUCCAAACUGAGCGUUUCGGUUUGAAUCUGCUGGUUUUGUGUUGUGUAAAUGCAGCUGAAUGAAAGAAAAGAAGAAAGUUGCAGGUGUGUGGACGCAGGGCGCCUCCAGACUCCGUUCUUGUCCAGGUGCGUCUCGGCUGCAAACAGUCAGUAUUUUUAAGGGUCUAGUUUUACAGUAACAGUAUUCUAUCAUUUCAUUGCCUGACAAUGGAUGUCUUGUCAGUGUUUUUAACCUCAGAUAAAAGAAAAAAUAGUUUUUUGUGCACUUAUUGACCAUUGUGAGCUCUCUCUCUCUCUUAUUCUUGGUGUGUAAGUGCAUUGAGCUCCCCAUUGCGGGACCUGUGUAUAGUCUUGCAGCAUUGGUUAUAACCUGAAGAAAUAAUGAUGAAAACGAAUGAAUUCAUAAUUAUGAAGAUAAUCUUAUUCUACAUAAAAAAGACAGUGAAUCUAGUUGUUGUUUGUGGCAUGGUUAUGCAUUCAAUGGUCAUAAUUUUAAUGAUUAAAAUGAGAAAAAAAAAUCAUUCUUUUCCACUGGCGCUGUUCUGCUGUUUUCGUUUUAAUUUCUCACUUUUCUGUGUGCAGUAUUGCAGUUCCUGUUGCUAAUGGUGUUGCUAAGCUAGCUUGCUUGCUCAGUUGUUUACCACCAGAGCAAUAUAUUGUAGCAGUUUGACAAAAUCGAGACGUAAACAAGAAAUCCAUUCCCUUAAAUUUCCAGCAUACAAGUGCAUGACUCUGAUUGCAAGUCUUAAGUGAUAUGAUUAUGGUGUUCUGUAUUGUUUAUCCUAAUAAAGCGGAUUUGCAGA